CGUGCGAAUCGCUGGCCUCCGGAGGAGGAGCUGGCCGAUGCUAAUGAGCAGAGUUUCCUUUGCGAGCCUGGAACUUCAUUCCCUUUCUCCGUGUUAGAAUCGCAGAAAUUAUGCCCCUUCUCUCACCAUGAGCUGGCUCUCCAGUUCCCAGGGAGUUGUGCUAACUGCUUACCACCACAGCGGCAAGGACCAGGCCGUGGGGGAGAGCCAUGGCAAGGGAGGAGAGGAAGCCACCUCGAGUCGCAGAUAUGGCCAGUAUGCUCUGAACCAAGAAAUCACCAAAGUUAAGGAAAAGCCUCCAUUUGAUCGAUCAAGUUCCCAGGAUUCGGUGGAUGAACUAUCUAUGGAGGACUAUUGGGCUGAACUAGAAAAUAUCAAGAAAUCUAGUGAGAACAGACAAGAAGAUCAAGAGGUGGUGGUUGUGAAAGAGCCUGAUGAGGGCGAAUUGGAAGAAGAAUGGCUUAAGGAGGCCGGUUUGUCCAAUCUCUUUGGAGAGUCUGCUGAAGAUCCCCAAGAAAGCAUGGUGUUUUUAUCAACCUUGACCCGGACCCAGGCAGCAGCUGUUCAGAAACGGGUAGAGACGGUCUCCCAGACCUUACGGAAAAAAAACAAACAAUACCAGAUUCCUGACGUCAGAGACAUAUUUGCUCAACAGAGGGAGUCAAAAGAAAAAGCUCCAGAUGGCACUGAAUCACAGUCAGUCAGAACAAAUGAAAACAAAUACCAAGGAAAAGAUGACCAGGCAUCUAACCUAGAUGUUGGUGAAAAGGAGCAGAUCCUACCAGUGCCUGAGGAAACACCUGCCUCUGAAACAGAUAUCAACCUGGAGGUAUCAUUUGCAGAGCAAGCCGUCAAUCAGAAAGAGAGCUCCAAGGAUGGGACCCAGAAGAGCCAAGGCAAUAAUACCCUAUUACCUAAUUUCAGAUUGCCAAUAGACAAAACAGGCACCACCAGGAUUGGUGACCUAGCACCCCAGGACAUGAAGAAAGUUUGCUAUUUAGCCCUAAUCGAACUGACUGCCCUCUAUGAUGUAUUGGGUAUUGAACUGAAACAACAAAAAGCUGUGAAAAUCAAAACAAAAGAUUCUGGCCUUUUUUGUGUUCCAUUGACUGUAUUGUUGGAACAAGAUCAGAAGAAAGUACCAGGAACUAAAAUACCCUUGAUAUUUCAAAAACUGAUUUCUCGAAUUGAAGAAGGAGGUUUAGAAACUGAAGGCCUCUUAAGAAUACCUGGAGCUGCCAUUAGAAUCAAGAAUCUCUGCCAAGAACUAGAAGCGAAGUUUUAUGAAGGGACGUUUAAUUGGGACAGUGUCAAGCAGCAUGAUGCAGCCAGCUUACUGAAGCUGUUUGUCCGGGAGCUGCCCCAGCCGCUGCUCAGUGUAGAAUAUCUCAAAGCCUUUCAAGCUGUCCAGAAUCUUCCGACCAAGAAGCAACAACUACAGGCUUUGAACCUUCUUGUCAUCCUCCUGCCUGAUGCAAAUCGAGACACACUGAAGGCCCUGCUUGAGUUUCUCCAAAGAGUUAUAGACAAUAAAGAGAAAAAUAAGAUGACAGUCAUGAAUGUAGCAAUGGUCAUGGCUCCAAAUCUCUUCAUGUGUCAUGCACUGGAUUUGAAGUCUAGUGAACAGAGAGAAUUUGUAAUGGCAGCUGGGACAGCUAAUAUCAUGAACUUAUUGAUUAAGUAUCAAAAACUUCUGUGGACAAUUCCCAAAUUUCUUGUGAACCAAGUGAGGAAGCAAAACACUGAAAAUCUUAAAAAAGACAAAAAAAUGAUGAAGAAAUUGCUGAAGAAAAUGGCUUAUGACAGAGAAAAAUAUGAAAAGCAAGAUAAGAGUGCAAAUGAUGCUGACGUUCCUCAGGGAGUGAUUCGAGUGCAAGCUCCCCAUCUUUCGAAAGUUUCCAUGGCAAUACAGCUAACUGAAGAACUAAAAGCCAGUGAUGUACUUGCCAGGUUUCUCAGCCAAGAAAGUGGGAUUGCCCAGACUCUUAAGAAAGAAGAACUUUUUUUAUAUGAAAUUGGAGGAAAUAUUGGGGAACGCUGCCUCGAUGAUGAAACUUACAUGAAGGACUUAUAUCAGCUCAACCCAAAUGCUGAGUGGGUUAUAAAGUCCAAGCCGUCAUAGAAGACUUACAGAAGGCUAAUGCUGCAGGAGGGCUUCCUUAAUAAUACUUGCUGGGUCAGGACUGUAAAUAAAAGAAACUACAGGACUCUUUUAUUAUUCAAAUGUACUCAACUAUUGAAUAGUGACAUUCUUAAGCCUUAAAAAGUUAUAAAUUUGUGCUGCUGCCAGAAUUAUGUUAAUUAUUAUUAUUAAUAUUAUUAGAAAACAAAUAUCACCAAAGUGAGAGAAAAGGGGAUUAAUUAGCUUGUAGACUAUUUUCAUAUACUCUGUGAAAUGUGCUCAGAUGUGACAUAGUUUUUUAAAUAUGAAAUAUACCCCUUUCCCUCUCACUUUUUUCUCCAAAAAUUAUAUAUAGAAUAAUAUAUGCUUUCUCACCUUUCUCUCUUCUUCACAUUUGCCUUUUCCCAAUUAGGUUUGCUUUUUAACUGAAAAAGAUAACAAGUACUAGGUAUGGCAAGUCGUGAUGACAAUACGUCUUAAAACAGCCUGAAUUCAACAGGAUUCCUAUGACUGUCGAAUGUUGAAUAUUCAUCUCUUUGAAUCAUUUGUUGAAACAAUAACAUUCUACUUCUCCCUACUGUGUCCCAUGAAGUGAUUUGCAUUUUUUCAGUUCAUCUGACAUAUGCGCACAGAACUAUAUUCACUGUCAAGAAAAGAGCACUGUCAGAAACUGUCAAUUGUUACUGAACCAUUAAAGAUUUACACACUAAGAAUAAAUAAAAUAUAUCCAUGUGGAAUAACUGGAUUAUGUCUAAUAAGAGAGUGAAAGCCAAAUCACUUCAUUUAUGCUGUACUCUUCUAAAUGAAAUUUAAAAAGUUGUAGCUAGCUUUACCUAUUGUCAUACUAGCAAAUAAAUAUGUAUGAGAGUAUAAUCCCAGUAAUGGUUGAAAAUGUAUUCUACUGAAAGAGGGAUUUUUUUUUUUUUUACUCAUAAAUAAGUCUGCAGGAAGAGUGAUUUUUCUGGGUAUGACACAGUCAUAUGAACAAGCUUUUGUUUAUGUACUUAUUUUAAAUAACCAGAGUAAAUUUAUUAAAAUGCUGCAGAAAGUACUAUUCCCAGGGAUUUUAAUGCACAAACCAUAUUGUGACAAGACAUGAGCCUCUGUACUGUAAAUAAGAGGAAUGAAGUAAGAGAAAAAUGUCCAAUAUUUUAUGAGUUUAGAGUGUAGUAAAUAAAAGGUGAUGUAAAUGAAUGUUGCUCAAACUGUGUUUAUGGUACUUUUAGUAGUACUUUAGGAAAAAUUACACAUUCUCAGAAACUCUUGAUGUCACUCUAAUUAGGAGGGAAGAUGUUGUUAAUGAGAAUAGUCAUAAAUUUUUAGCAUAUAAUUAUAAGAACAGCCUGUGGAUAUGAUCAUUUAAAUAACUUUUUGGUGAUUUGUGCCAUUGCUUUUUUAUUUAAUUUUUUUUUAUAAUUAAAUGCAUUUUUCUAAAUUAUAUUCUCUUGGAAUUAUUACUUUAAGUCCUAUGUUCAUGAGUGUACUAAUGGACUAUUUUCUUUUUUGUUAAAAGCCACUUCUGCUCUUUUAUUGCUCUUGUGUAAUUUUUAAAGUGGGAAGACGUGGGAGAUAUAAACUUGUUUUCUUUCUUAGUUUUUUUUCUUAGCAAAUUUUUAUUCUUUAGGAUUUUUCAUAGCACACUGUAUUCAGUUUCUGAUUUUGACUAUAUAUAGAGUCAGUUUUUCUGUUAGCAAACUGUUUUAUAAGUGGUUUAAUUUAUUGAAAACAAUUAACGAUAUGAAAGCAAAAUCAAGUGCUUAAAACAUUUUAGGUGCACAACUUCAAAAGACAGGAGUGAAUAUAAUGAUUUAGAUAAAUGGUUUCCUAAAGCACAUGUCAACUAAUUUCCACUACAUUUACUACCCACUCUAGGGGAAGGGGGUGGCACAAGAGGCUUUUGGUAAUGAAAAAGUACCAGAUCUUGGUAAAUAAAUAUGAAAAUAUUUUAUUUUGAGUUUUUCAUAGAACUCAUGACCUUUGUUCAUUGACACUGAAAACAUUGCAUUUAAAUAACCAAUAAGGAUGUCUGUCUAUACCUUUAAAGAGAAACUUGAUAGUGUAGAGUCUCAAAUUAAAUGCCGCAGAAUUAACCCAAA